AUGGUCAUCAUUGACAAGUCCGGAGUUCAUCGCCUUGAGGUUCGAUGCUGUGAUUGUCCAAACACCAUGAGUCUGGACAUUCAAAUGUUUCGACAUGGAUUUUUCCCUGCAUCAUUCAACAAACCGAAGACUGUGUUCACCUUCAGAGUGCUCAACAAUUUUCUAUUAGACAACCUAGAAUGCAGCACCUCCGACCGAUACAGAGAGCUCAUGAGAGUCACUCGACAGUGGAGGCAGUUGAAGACCAUGAAAUGGCAUGGCUUUGGCCAUCGUUCCAAUGCCCUGAAUACCGGAGAUCUUGCAUUGUUUUGCCCGACAUGUCCUCAGCCUGGGAUCAACAUAUCCUUGUCAGGGAAUGAAACACUUGAUGACUGGAAAUAUACCUGGUCAUUUGUGAUGGACGGUAAUUUCAAAGCCAAACACUUGCAUCCCAUCAAGCCAUUUGAUAAAGUAUGGCUUGCAGAUGGGCUGGGGUUCAUGGUUGGAAAGGACAGGUAUAAAGCGCAUCUUGCGGAGGCUGCUGACACUUUGGAAAAAUCUAGCUGCAACAAUCACCAGGCAGUAAAUCAAGCAAAUGCAGCUCAGCACAAGCUGGAGUUGACAGGUAUUGGGGGAGUUGUUUGUGCCCACCACGGCUGCUUUGUCCCUCAUGCGAUGGUCAAUUUUCAGAAAGGCAAAAGGCAAGCUGAACAUGAAGUUCUACAUUCAUGA